UAUUUAUUAUAGUGAGCGUUAGGAAUGUUUGUCGUUUACAAAUGAUUGCAUAGUUGCAGCUAAUGGCUAUUGACAGUGAUUUCACUUGCCCUGUUUGUUGUGUAGUUGUUUACUGUUAGUGUUCAAUGUGCUUUAUGAAAAAGCGCAAUAUGCUUACUGACGAUCUCGUAUCAUAUUCUUGUUAUAAUAAAUUUCAAGUGAGUCUGCCAGUGCAAAACAGUGUUUGUUUGUACCAAGUGUUUAGGUAUGGUACUUAUUCCAGAGAAUGACCCAACAAAAUCGAAGGGAAAAUUAUUAAAAAGUUCUGAAAUAGAUGAAUUGCGGCCGUGUAAAGGAGUGAAACCGCUUAGCAAUCACAUAUUUUAUUUGGAUAUCAAAAAUCCACAGCUAUCGACGAAAAUUGAAUCGAAAAUCAAACAGCUCGGUGGUAAUGUCAACUUAUUUCUUGGAGAUGAUGUUACACAUGUGAUAACUGAUAUUAUAAGUGCUGAUUCUUGUUCGAGCAGUAAUUUACAGAGCACGCUGUCUAGUUCGUUCCACAGUUCAACUCAUUCAUUGGAAUCAUCUGUUUCGCCAUCUGUAUCAAAGCAAACUACAACUGGUGGCAUAAAAAGGCUAAGUGGGCCCCGAAGCCGUGCAGAUGCCAUGCUAGAGCGUGCUCAGUGUAAUCUUGAUAUAUCUCGCUCUCCACUGCAAGUGGCACGCUCUAGGUAUAUUCCUGUGUGGAAUGUAGAAAAGAUUUUGCAACAUCUUAACAAGAUUUCUAACGCUUCAAUACUUGAUACCAAAAUUGAUACUAGUGCGGGAUGCACUAAACUCCUUGGGCCACAUGUGAAAGUAGAAUCAGUGAAAGGAGAUUUUCGGCCUACAUAUAAGUACUUUCGUAGUUGGCCAGUUUUAGACGUUUUAGGAGAAUUUGGCACCUGUCCCUUUAAAGUAUCUAAAAAUUUAUUUGAAAAUUCUAUGCACGGAAGAACAGCAAUUGUUGAUUCAGUAAAUGAUAAUAGUUCCAGUGAUUCUAAACAGCAGGCAGAUAAAACAGAUCAGAAUUCAAGUACAUUUUGUAUGGAAUUAAAAAAAAUGGCUCGCAAGACGAGGCAGAGGACGCGUCACAAAGAAUCUCAAAGUCUUCAAUGUGGUUACUGUGAAAUUUGCCACAUUGAUUAUCCAGACUUGCCAACUCAUUUACAGAGUGCUAUUCAUCAGAACUAUGUUAGCCAGAAAAGUAACUUUAUUUCUUUAGAUAAAUUAAUAAACUCUGAAGCUAAUGUGGAUUCCUUUCUUAAGCAAAACAGCAAACGUUGUUUAAGGAGUCGAGACUUAGGCAGUUUGAAAAACUCUUAUGAUGAAUCAUCUAACCAAAGUGAAAUUACCCCAAUUCAAAGCACAGAAUCAAACUGUGAAAUGACUACUAAGUGCAUAGAUCACAAUAAACGUUGCUUACGAAGCUUCUUUAAACCUCACGAUUCCCAUGCCAAACCUUCUUAUAAUGACUCAUUUGACACAAAUGAUCUAAAUAUGAGUCCAAGUUAUUCGGAAGCAAUUUCUGAUGAUACAGUUGAAAAAUUAAGUAUUAACAAGCGAUGUCUAAGGAGCCAAGAUGUAAACAAUGUAAAAAAUUCCAGUGAAGCCACCUUCAAUCAGGGCGAAAGUUAUUACAAAUCAUUCCGAAAGAAUGGUGAUAGGUCCACUCCAGAAGCAAAUAGUAGCAGGUUACGAUCACGGAUUAAUUCCACAUUAGAUGCUACUAUAGAAAAUACCAGCAACCCAUCUGGAUUAAAAGCUAACCAAGAAGCUAAAAAUCUUAAAAUAGGAUCAAAUUCUCAAGACCAUUGUCCACGUAGAAGCAAUAUGAAGCAAAAUAUUUCUGCUUCUCCUUCAUAUAAAAUUGUUGGUUCGAAAUCAAAAGUUAAAGAACAAGAAUCGCGCUCGGAUAAAAAGAGCACAGGAUUGGUUGUUAAAUUUAAACGUAUUAGACAGUCAGAAUUACUUGUUUUAUCAGACGAAGCGGAAAAUUUCAUGUUUCCAAAAAGAGAUGAUACAAGCGAUUCCGAAUCUGAGGAUGAUGAGAAAAUAAAUGGUCAUGAUAAGAAUGGUCGUAUGGACAAUGGUGGUAUGGAUAUGGUUUGUGACAAUAGUGAUAGUGACACAAAUGAGGAUAACAUAAAGUUGAGUGAAAUUCGUAAUAAGCAGAGAUUUCCCUUGAACCCCACUCAACCAGAUAACAGCGUGGGGGAUAGAGUGGGGUUAAUAAAUGAUUUAUCAGCUGAAGAUUUGAAUGAAUUUAAAUUUGCAUUUGAAUGUUUGAACAAUGAUCUCUGGUGUCACACAUACAGGCGUAAAGAUCUAAACAAAGAAAUAAAAUUUGAAAGCUAUAGGAUAGGAAUCGGCAGUAAAAAAUUCAAACUGCCUUAUGAAAUGGGUACACUGCCACCUCUAAAACCUAACUGUUGUAAAUUAAAUAUUUGGCCUGAUGCUCCCUCUGUUCCAGAGAAGAAAAUUCGAAAACGGAAAAAACAUUUAGCUGCACUUAGUGGUAAAUCUAGGAAAUCACCACGAGAACACGCUUCUACUUUGGCAAGUAUGGUUCAGCUGCGCAAAAAGGAGGAAUUGGACGCACUGGCCAUGAUUAAAGAAGAAAGUUGUUCAACUGAAACAAGUGAUAAUUCAGAGAGCUUUCAGCAACUAGAUACAUUGUUGUCUGCAUUUAAUGACCAAAAAUUGUUUGCCGAUAUAGAGGACAUUCUGGAAGGGGGCCUAUCAUUCAAUGCAAGGUAUGAACCUUCUAUGGAUAAUCUUAUAGAAUCCUUAGGGGAAUCAGCGGUUUUAAAAGGAUUACCAACUCCUGUACUUUUAGAUACAUGUGAUUCCGAAAAUCCAUCUUCAGUCUCAAAUGUCUGUGGAGAUAAAAGGGAAAACGAUCUAGAUGCUGAAGAUAUCAAUAAACUUACCUUUUCAUUUGAAUGCACUCCUAAUGAACUUUGGUAUCAUACAUACAAACGUAAAGAUGAGAAUAAAGAACUUAAAUUCUUAAAUUCUAAACCAAAAAAUGGUGGCAGGAGGUAUAAGUUGCCCUAUGAAUUAGGACCUUUGCCUCCGUUGAAGCCAAAUUGUUGCAAGUUGAACACGUCAAAUGGAAACGGGUCAGUGGUCAAAAGAAAAAUGAAAAGAAAAAAGAGGCUUUUACUGACGAAUAGAAAAUGUAGGAAAUCACCAAGGGAACAUGCCAUCUUAGCCAGCUUUGUUAAGAUUCGUAAGAAUCAAGAAAUGAACAUAGAAGAUUCAAAAGCUGAGGAUGAGAUUACAACUGAUGUAACCGAAAGUAAUGCUUCAAAUGUCUGUGUAAAUAGUGUGCAACAUUUAGAUGUUAUGCUGUCUGAUUUGUGUAAUGAUAAGACUUGUUUUGAUGUAAAAGACAUUUUGGAAGAAGGAAUAUCAUUUAAUGUGCGCUAUGAGCCCACAGUCAAUAAUCUUCUAGAAACUUUAGAAGAAUCCACAGUACUUGAAAAUUUAAAAUUUCAAAGUCAAAUUAUAAAGCAUGAUAGGCGAAAGAAACGUAAAAACAAUAAAACAGGCUGGCCUAAGAAAAAAAAAUUUUUACCACGUACUACUACAAAUAAGAUUCCCAAAGAUACUUUUGUGAAUGCAGCCACACAAACCAAUACAUGCGAAAUAACAAAUGAUGAAAUUGUGCUUUCUAUACCUGUCACUGAUAACAGUGUUAAUAUAGUGGAGUUAUCCAGUGAACCUUUAGUAGUCUGCGGCGAUCACAGCUGUUCUAGUGGCAAAGAGAAUAUUCUUUGUGAGAAUUCAGACAUUUUUGUAGAGUGUAUGAUGAAAACCAAUAGCAGUAUUAAUAGCGAUAAUGAACCAAAUAAGACAGAAAGACUUUUAGAGAAUACUUCCAUAGAUGAACAACAGAAUUCUAGCCACAGUGAUCCGAAUAAAAUGGUUACCCUUGGUAAAUGUGAUGUCAAUAAAAUAGUGAGCAACAAUAUUUGUACUGUAGAUGAUGCCUCUGUCGUGUCUGAUGACAAGAGGUUUCAACCUUAUGUGUGUGUUCACAAAAUGGAUGAACCUCACAAUAGCACAAAGAAUGUGCAGUCUGAUGGCAAAAAGAAGAAAAUAAGCAAGAGUCAAGUGUCCCCUAUAUGUACAUUGUCUCCUAGAAAACUUAGAGCGCCGAGAGGCAAAUGGUACAGGGAACGUUGAAAUAUUGAAAUGUUGAAUUUUAAUAUUUAUAUGCAUUUGUUUGUUUUUCUUUCUGUUUGGGUAAAACUAGAUAAAAUUGAUAUUUCAUGAGCAAAUAAUUUCAAUUGUGUUGAAUUUAUUUAUAAAACUAUAUUUAUGUUAGUGUGCAAUUGUGUAUAUGUUGUGCAUAAACACAAAAAUAAGACGCAUACACCAAAAAUGGAGUUUAUAUUAUAAUGGGUUGAUGAAAAUAUAAACUUAAAAGCAGUCUUCAGAUAACAUAUAGUAUUUUACAAAAUUUAAAUAUUAUUGGUUUGUUUUAAUGGACACACCAUACACAAUGUAGAACCAACUGUUGUCAACAAAACUGUUAUUUUCAUGCUCCAUUCCCGUUUGCACUUCAACUUUUUUGUAUGAAAAAUGAUAAAUCCAAAAAGCCAUUAGCAUUCUUAUUAUGUUUUAUAAAUGAUGAGAUAGGGCCUUUUUUAAAAUGCCAUAU